GAAGAUUUUGAUACUUAAGCGGGACCCACAUUGAAGACGAUUCUCUUCCACAGUGAGCCACACAAGCUUCUAUUGCUCCACCGUGUCCUCCUCUCUCCCUCUUCUUCACUUCAUUCUCAACUUUACUUCUUCUUCUUCUUCCUCCUCCUCCUCCUCUCUCUCUCUCUCUUUCUCUGGCACCAAAAAUGGCGAGACUUCCCUUGAGACCACACAACCAUUUCUUCUCCUCUCCCAUCCACGCACACAAGCAACCUUUACUCUCCGUCUACACCAUCACCACUCGCUUCUUUCCCCAACAUCACUACCACAAUCCUCUUAAAUCAAGGGUUAAGUGCUCCGCUAGUGGUACUGAAAGAGUCAGAGAGAGCAAGAAGCUUCCGAAGGACCCUAUCAAAGAAGAGCUUCCACAGCUUCCGAAUCCGGGUUCCGAUUCGGAAGUUGUGAGCUCGGAGACGGGUUUCGAACAGAAUUGGCCUCCAUGGAAAAACGUACCUGAGAGAUAUAAGCUUAUCGGCGCCACUUCCCUCGCCUUUGUUAUCUGCAAUAUGGACAAGGUGAACUUGAGUAUUGCUAUAAUACCAAUGUCACACCAGUUUGGAUGGAGCUCAUCUGUCGCCGGGCUGGUCCAGUCAUCUUUCUUUUGGGGUUAUGCCCUGAGUCAGUUGCCUGGAGGUUGGCUUUCCAAGAUUUUUGGCGGCAGAAAAGUGCUCGAGAUUGGUGUCUUUACAUGGUCUUUCGCUACAGCUCUUGUUCCAUUACUUGCUGGAUUUAUGCCCGGUUUAAUCUUUUCUCGAAUUUUGGUGGGAAUAGGAGAAGGUGUUUCCCCCUCAGCUGCGACGGACCUUAUUGCCAGGACGAUACCUGUUGGGGAGCGCUCAAGGGCGGUAGGCUUUGUUUUUGGAGGAUUGAGUUUGGGAAGUGUUUUGGGGCUUCUCUUGGCUCCUCCCAUUAUCCAAAGCUUUAAUUGGGAAUCUGUCUUUUACCUGUUUGGUCUCCUUGGUGUUGGCUGGUUCGUCGGGUUUCAGUUUCUUAAUGAGGAAGAAGUUUCAUAUAGAGGUGAUGGGACCACUACUUCGCAUAAACCAGAAAAGGCUACACGAGAAGAAUUGGGAAACUCAUUGAAGGAGAUUCCAUGGAAGUCGUUUUUCCAAAGCCCAGCUGUUUGGGCAAUGAUAUACACUCACUUUUGUGGAAGUUGGGGUCACUAUACCUGUUUAUCUUGGCUACCAACUUAUUUCAGUGAGGCACUGAGUCUAAAUUUGAGAGAUGCUGCUUGGGUUUCCAUCCUUCCUCCACUGGCUUCAAUUUUUGUGACAAGUCUUGCUUCACAAUUUGCCGACUACUUAAUUUCAAAUGGAGUUGAGACUACCACGGUACGAAAGAUUUGUCAAACGAUUGCAUUCUUGGCACCAGCGAUCUGCAUGACACUUUCAUCUGUGGACAUUGGAUUGCCACCAUGGGAAAUUGCAGGAAUCUUGACAGCAGGCUUGGCCCUGUCAAGUUUUGCUUUAUCAGGACUUUAUUGUACUCAUCAGGACAUCUCACCCGAAUAUGCAAGCAUACUUCUGGGUAUUACCAACACAGUGGGGGCAGUACCUGGAAUCAUAGGUGUGGCCCUAACUGGUUUUCUCCUCGACUCGACCCAUUCCUGGACUAUGUCUUUAUUCGCGCCAUCAAUAUUCUUCUACUUGACGGGGACAGUGGUAUGGUUGGCAUUUGCAAGCAGUAAGCCUCAGAAGUUCACUAAGGAUGACUCAUAAGUUUUGCUCUUCCUUUUAUUUGACGCAUCAAAAAAGAUGGAGACUUUGGUCAUGUAUAGGUCCCUAAAAGUAAAUGGUCAGAUUUUUUUUUGGUUGUCAAAGCAAAAAAUUAAAGAAAAGAGAGCAGUGGUAAUUUUGUUCACUGCCCUAUCCUGGUUAUUGGCAUAGUUGCAAAUGUAACUUAUAUACGAAGAUCUGUAUUUAUGGCAA